AACGUUGCAGCCUUGCGGGUUCCUGAUUACAGAGUGGCGUGCAAAACAUCUAUGGUCCCCAGGGUUUUCUUCCACCUCAAUCAUCGAUGACAUUGGGGCCUUUUCCUGUGAUUUAUCGUCCAGUAAACGGAUAUGCAAGAAAGGCCACAUUUCAUAAAACACUAUUUUUCAAUCUCGUUGGCUCUUGCUUAAUCCUUAUUACACAGAUAUGGAAACACCCAAAUCAUUACAUGCAGAUGGAUGCUCUAGCUCAGUUGCAAAUGGCGAUCCUUCCCCUUUGCCCCCACAGCAUGCAGAUGAAUUGCCUCAAAUCCCUUCAAGGCAUUUUGGGUUUGGAAGUAGCAUGGGUGGAAAAGCUUUGCCUAGAUCUCCUGCUUCUUCAAAUAGAGGUUCAUUAAUGGGAGGCUUUCUUCAAGCUUUAAGCUUCAAGAAAAGUAUUGCUGCGCCUGGUGGUGAAAGAAGCUCUCUCAUCCGUCCAUGUUCCCAUCCUGCUCUACUAAGACCACUUUUAGGUCAUCCUGCCUCGAGCAUGGCUUGGAAAACAUGCAAUCCUUUACCUACAAAAGCUGCUGCAAAGUCUUCUUCUUUUGCUAGGACAUUCAAUGAGCGGAAGAAACCACAAGCUGGAACCUCUCAAGCUUCUGUAAAAAGGACUCUCUCUGCCAAGAAUGUUGUUAUUGUGAGGUCAGCAUCUUUUGCUAAUCCUGAAGAGUGUGUCCCUGGUCCAUGUGAUGAAAUUACACCUGCCCUGGUGGAUGAGGAUCAGCAGAUUCCUGAAGAGGAAGCUGUGUGUAGGAUCUGCUUUGAAGCAUGUCAUGAAGGCACUACAUUGAAGAUGGAGUGCCACUGCAAAGGUGAUCUCAGACUUGUGCAUGAAGAGUGUGCAAUCAAGUGGUUUAGCAUGAAAGGCAACAAGAAAUGUGAGGUUUGUCGGAAUGAAGUGCUAAAUUUGCCUGUAACCUUGCAUCGUGUGGCAAGUACUGCCAAAGAAGAUAUUUUCUUGGACCAUAACCAGCUAACUUUGAACUCCCAAAGGUUAAGUGCUUGGCAGGACUUUCUGGUGCUUGUCUCGAUUAGUACAAUAUGCUACUUCUUCUUUCUUCACAAGUUACUGAUAAAUGGCAUGAAAAAUAAGGCACUUGUGAUUGCCUCAACAUUCUCAUUUACUCUGGGCCUUUUGUCUUCUAUUUUUGCAGUCAUUCAAGCCAUUAAAGAGUACAUAUGGGCAUAUGCGGCUCUAGAAUUUGCACUUGUGGCUAUGAUCCUUUUCCUCUUCUACUCCAUGCUUCAUUUACCACCCAUUUAUUCAAUACCACUGUCAUCAGUUUUGGGGUUCGGAGCUGCUAUGAGCCUUAAGUCAUUGUAUAUUCGAUAUUUUAGCAUUUCAAGUUGAAGUUUCCCGAGCCUCUAGCACGAAGUGGAUGUGAAGAGUAGCAGCUAAUAUAUCAGCUUGUCUGCUGGAUAACUUUCCAUUUAGGGAAAUGGGAACUUUCCAACGGGACAUCCAAAAAAGGAAAGCGGGAACAUUCCAACGGGACGGAGGGAGUAUUAGUAAUAAGGGUCUCUAGUAUAAAUAGAUGGGAAGGGGAAAAAGUAGUAAGGAGGCUUUUUAGACAUUAGUCUUGGGACUGGGAAAGAUUGGAGACUAAACAUCUUUAUCUUUUGGGGCUUCGGCUUUGGGGGCUUUGGCCUUUGUAUAGAUUACUGUUCUUCUUCAAUAAAGAUUACCUUGUUCAUUGAUAUUAAUUUCUGUAAUUUCUGGAUAUUUGGAGUUCUUAUCAUUUUGUCAAUGAUAACGCUGCUUGGAUGGA